AUAUACAGUUUGCUUUUGUGCCUCUGCAUUGUUGCCAUUAAUUGAGCUGCUGGCUGCACCUUUAUAAUGACACGGUUGCUGCACAAUGGGAUUUUUAUAGCAAGCUCCUCCACAUAUAAGCCAUUCUUUGUUCCCAUCCAUGAUCUCCUAAAUAACCCAUGCAGCUCCCAUUCAGCUGCUACGAGCCUUGUGGUUCCAUUGUUGUUGGUGCUGGGCAGGAGACAGUCUGAGAUAAACUUCCGGUGUGGUCACAUGAGAGCUGCUGCUGCUGCUCAGAGAGGAAAAUCCAACUGCUGCAUGAUCACAAGCCAGUGCUGCUCCAGCCACUCAUGAGAGCAAAUCACCUGCUGCUGCUGCUGGGGGGAGGCAUCUCAAGCUACCGGCACCUCUUGUCCCAGCCUCGUACUGGCAUACAGAGCUGGCAGUUGGAGUGCAGACUGUUUGCAGAACUGCAGGCAAUCUUGUGCCAAGCACAGUGCUGCCGGCACCUGCCAUUCCCUGAUCUCCUGCAUCGAGCUGGGCUUUGUGCUCCCUAUCAGCCUGCUUGUCUCAUGUGCUGGGCUGCCUGGGACCUGGUGAGAUCAGCCUAGUCAGCCAGUAUCAGUGAGAGUGACUGGGGGAGGUGCAGCACUAGCUCAUCAUUACUGGGCUACUGGUGAAUGGCAGGGCCACUGCUAUAGGCAGGGCAAUACCUCCACAUAUACAAAGAAGGGAGCAGGGAAGUCCAGACUGGAGAUGGCAUCCCUGAGCCUGGGAUUAAGUCUGUCCAGGAAGAAAAAUGCCUUGAGGAAUGCAGCCGUGGAGAGGAAGAAUUUGCUCACAGUCUGCAGGCUCUCCGUGAAGACUUUAAUUGACCGCUCCUGCUUUGAGACAAUUGAUGACUCUGCACCGGAAUUUGUCAAUUUUGCCUCUAUACUGGAACAGAUCCUAAGCCAUCGCCUUAAAGGUCAGAUUACCUGGUUUGGCUAUGAAAGCCCUCGAAGCUUUUGGGAUUACAUACGGGUUGCCUGCUCCAAAGUGUCUCACAGUUGUAUCUGUAGCAUUGAGAAUAUGGAAAAUGUCAGUUCAUCCAGAGCUAAGGGGAGAGCCUGGAUUAGAGUUGCACUGAUGGAAAAACGCCUUUCUGAAUAUAUUACAGCAGCACUGAGGGACUACAAAACCACAAGGAGGUUUUACGAUGAUGGAGCUAUUGUCUUGGGCGAGGAAGCGAAUAUGCUCGCCGGCAUGCUGCUUGGACUCAAUGCAAUUGACUUCAGUUUCUGCCUUAAAGGGGAAGGAUUGGACGGGAACUACCCAGCUGUAAUUGACUAUACGCCCUACCUGAAAUUUACACAAAGCUCUGAUAGCAUCAGCAGUGAUGAAGAGGAGCUGCGGACUCUGGGAAGCAGUGGCAGUGAGAGCAGCACUCCUGAGAACAUUGGGCCUCCUUUUAUCAUGGACGAAAAUAGCUGGUACAACAAAUGCAAGAGAGUGGAGCAGAAGUAUCGGUUAGCACUGGAACAAAAGGGUUACCUGGAGGAGCUUGUACGACUGAGAGAAGCUCAGCUUUCAGAAUCAGUGUCCCAGAACAAGCUUCUGCUUCAGAGAAUUGAAGGCAUAGGGUUAAACCACAAACUGGAGAAGGAACAGCUUGAAUAUAUCAUUGUAGAGCUGCAGGAUCAGCUGACUGUUCUAAAGAAUAAUGACUUAAGAGCAAGACAAGAGUUAACCAAUCAUCUCACCAAUCAGUGGCCUUCCCCAGGAGCUGUGGAAUUUAAUGCUGUUGCCCUGGACACAUUACGCUACCAAAAGCACAGUGAGCGUUGGGACGAAAAACGUUUCCAUAGUUUGGGCCCCCUAUCCGCUGACGCCAGUCUGUCUCAGAUAUCAUUUGACCCUGGACAGUCUCAGGAUGGAAAUGGAAAACAAGGUGGUUCCCACUUAAGUGAAGGCAAGGAAGACACGCCAUCUUUACUAGGCCUUUGUGGCUCACUCACAUCUGUGGCAAGUUACAAGUCCCUCACAAGCCUGAAGUCCAGUGAAUAUCUGGCAAGCCCUACGACAGAUAUGACCAGUCCAGGUUUAACUCCUUCCUGAACAUAAAGCCAUAAAGGACCAGCUUUGUGCGUGCAUUCUACAUUCCAUAUCUGAAUUUGUUGCGAAACGGUGUUCAGCGAUGAUUUGAACUGAAAAUGAAAAAAAAAUUUGCGAAAUGAAUAUUGGCUAAUUCCCAAAAUUAAUUGUUAGAAAGCUACUUCUGUAUUUCUUGGAGGCCCAUUUAUCAAAGGUUAAAUUCCGAAUUCAUGUGAAUUUAUCUUUUUAAAUUAGAAUAUACUCACAAUUCGACUGGGAGGUUAUUUAAGAAAAAAUUCUAAUGUCUAAUAUUCGAUCGAAUGGUUCUGACCCGAAAAUUCGUAUUCAAUUCGUAAGAAUUUACAUUCGAAUAGGGGGAUUAAAAUUAGAAUUUUGACACUAGAAAAUUCUAAUCCAAAUUAGAAUUUACUGUUCGACCCUUGAUAAAUCUGCCCCGUAAUCUAUUAAUAUCUUUAGUAUUCUAUUAAUAUCGCUGGUAUUUUAAUUAAAGGGAAUCUGUCGUCAUUUUAAACUUAAACUUUUUUUUUGCAUUUUUAUAAAAAACACACUUCCAUAAACACUGUCUGGGAAAUAAAUGUUAAUCCACAAAUUUUUUAACAAAAAAUGUUUUUUAACAAAUUAACAUCCCCCUGAUCUUUUUUUUUUUAAUUUAAUUCACCUUAGAAUGAGUUUUAAUAAGAUGUAAAAAAAAAAAAAACAGCAAUCUAGGUGGAUUACAUUUUUGAUAUGUACUUUAUUACCAUUCACUUUUUUUUUCCAAAGGAAAAGUUGUGUAUUAUUUAAAGUACAGGUACGGGACCUGUUACCUGGAAACCUGUUGUCCAGGAAGCUCUAAAUUAUGUCUAAAUUCCAUAGACACCAUUUCAUCCAAAUAAUCCACAUUUUUAAAAAUAAUUUCCUUUUUCACUGUAAAAAUAAAACCGUAUAUUGUGCUUGAUCCGGCUUAAUUUAAUGUUUAAAUUAUUUUCUAGUACUUAAGGUAUACAAAUCCAAAUUAUGGAAAGAUCCGUUAUGUGGAAAACCCUUGGUCCUGAGCAUUCUGCAUAACAGGUUCCAUAGCUGUACUUACUUGCUUAUCCCUACUGAGUAUCUUCCCUAUUUGUAAUGUGUUUAAGGUGAACUAAACCCACCAUUAAUUAAAAAUUCCUAUCCCCUUCUAUCCAUUGGCCCCCCUCAAUGCUUUCUCCCUCCUUAGUAACUCAGUGGAAAAAGUAUCCCUGUCAUGUACCUUGGCAUAAUUAUGCAGAAUAGCGCAGUGGAGCUCU